AUGCAGGCCCAAUUAGAUCCUGUAUUCUUUCUCAGUGACAUGCUAGAAAAGAAGGUGGCUGAGUUGGUGAAGUUCCUGAGUGUCAAGUAUGUAACAAAGGAGUCCAUCACAGAAGCAGAAAUGCUGAAGAGUGUCAUCAGAGAGCAUGAGGAUGACUUCUCUGUGAUCUUCAAGAAGGCCUGUGAAUGUGUGGAGGUGGUCUUUGGCAUCGAGGUGAAGCAGGUGGAUCCCAUAAGUCACACCUAUUUGCUCAUAAAAAGCCUGGAUCUCACCUAAGAUGGGAGGCUGAGUGAUUAGCAAUGCAUUCCCAAGAAUGGCCUCCUAAUCCUUAUUCUGGGUGUAAUCUUUAUGGAGGGCAACCAUGCCACAAUGGAGAAAAUCUGGGAGGUGCUGAAUAUGGUAAGCAUGUUUGCUAAGAAGAAAGCUUUCAUCUGUGGGGAGCCCAAGAAGUUCAUCACCAAAGAAUUAGUGCAGGAAGAAUACCUGGAAUACCAGCAGGUACCCCACAGUGAUCCUGCAUGCUGUGAAUUCCUCUGGGGCCCAAGGGCUUAUGUUGAGACCAGCAAGAUGAAGGUCCUGGAGAUUUUCUCUAGGAUCAGUGGGAGUGUUCCCACUUCCUUCCCAUCCUUGUAUGAGGAGGCUUUGAGAGAGGAGGAGGAGAAAGCCAAAGCUACACUUUCCAACAUUGAUAAUUUUGUGGUGGCCAGUUCACAAUCAAGAUCCAUGUCCAAAAACUUGUGA